AUGGCCGACGAGGAGAAACUGCCUAUACCCCCCACUUUUCUCGAGAAAGUCCUUUUCUACACAACAGCGACGUUCGUCCUUCUUGCAAUCUUCAGCCUCUUUGCUUUUCUCUUCUUAGUUCCAUUCGUCAUCGAACCGGCCUUCACCACUAUAUUUAUGCAAUUCGAUCCGGUCGCCGCGCUAUGUGUCACUGCCCAAGUGAAACAUUUAGUCGGAGUAAGCAACUGCACCUGGGCUUCCUGUAGGGAAGGGUGCACGAAAGACUUGUACGAAUGCACUCAGAUAAGGGUCAACUAUAAAUUGGGAUACGCUCCAAAUAUAACCGCUACGGAAUACGAGAACCUCAUUCGGGUGGAGAGAUCGUUGAGGAAGGACUACGAUUACGAGAACUACGGAUCUCCAUUAGAAAAUAACUAUCCAGAUAUGGAGGAACUUCCUGAGCCGAUACCAACAGGGUUGAUGGGGAACGAUUCAGAAUGGUACUUCACUGGUGCCAGAUUGUUCCCCAACGUCAAGGGCUGCGGCUACCCUCCUAUUCUCAACUGCACAAUAUUCUACGGCAAAUACAAGCCACUUGGUACCAAUUACUCAUGUUAUUACAGCAGAGUAGAUCCCGGACUAGUUAUCACGGAGCUAGACAUGUGGCAGAAUACAUUGAAUUUGGUAUAUGCUAUGGCCAUACCGAUACCAUCAUUCAUAAUUUCUGUGAUAUACUUGACGUUCGCGUAUUUUAAAAUUUAUAAUACUGAGGAGGAAUCUGAGCAAGCACCGUUACAGAGCGAUGCUGAAGCUAUGGCUACCGGAGAUGAUGGUAAACCAACAACACCGGGUUCAGAUACCUUCAGGGAAGACUUGGCGUGUUUCGGUCACCAGUUGAAGAUGCAAUUGGCUAAUGAGAAGCCAAAAGAAGGCUUCGAAUCAAACAGCCCUCCAAUUUCAAAUUCUGCUUCGCUGUCUGGGUGA